UGAAGAGUGGGUUGAUGGUGGCCAGGGAGGAGGCUGGGUGAGUGCUGAUGAUGAACUUUCAUAUGAAAAUCGAUUCCCUGUGCACAUCAUGGAGAGCCAGGGAGGUACAGCAAAUAAAGAAGAAUCAGGAAGACAAAGGGACCCCACAUCAUUGUGUAGAAACAUCUCUGAAACUGUAGGUCAAGAACACAAUAUAGGGUUGUCUGCCAGAGCAGAUGAUUCAGACCCUAAUGCCUUGGAUUCACAAACAUUGGCAGAAUCACAGGGGGGAGUUGGGCUUGAAUCGGAUCUUUUUGCAGAAUCACAGGGGGGAGUUGGGCUUGAAUCGGAUCUUUUUGCAGAAUCCCAGGGGGGAGUUGAGGUUGAAUCGGAUCCUUUUGCCCAAUCACAGGGAGGAGUUGAGGUUGAAUCUGAUCCAUUCGCAGAAUUUCAGAGGGGAGUUGGGCUUGAAUCGGAUCCAUUUGCAGAAUCACAAGGGGGAGUUGGCCUUGAUUCGGAUCCGUUCGCAGAAUCACAGGGGGGAGUUGGGCUUGAAUCGGAUCUUUUUGCAGAAUCACAAGGGGGAGUUGAGGUUGAAUUGGAUCCAUUUGCAGAAUCACAAGGGGGAGUUGGACUUGAAUCGGAUCUUUUUGCAGAAUCACAGGGGGGAGUUGAGGUUGAAUCAGAUCCUUUUGCAGAAUUUCACGGGGGAGUUGGGAUUGAAUCAGAUCCAUUUCCAGAAUCAGAGGGGAGAGUUGGGUUUGAAUCAGAUCCAUUUCCAGAAUCACAGGGGGGAGUUGGGAUUGAAUUAGAUCCAUUUCCAGAAUCAGAGGGGAGAGUUGGGUUUGAAUCAGAUCCGUUUGCAGAAUCACAGGGGGGAGUUGGGUUUGAAUCAGAUCCGUUUGCAGAAUUUCAUGGGGGAGUGGGGUUUGAAUCAGAUCCAUUUGCAGAAUCACAGGGGGGAGUUGGUCUUGAAUCUGAAACAUUUGCUAAAAGCCAUUUUAGAGACAACAAGGGUGGAUUUGGGUUUGAUCCAUUUGCUGGUAAUUUAGGGAACUGUGGGGUUGUGGAUAGUGGAAAAAGUGGGUGGGAUUCAGACCCUUUUGCCAACAGCUAUUCAACAGCAUCCUCAGGACCCGAAGAGCCGUUGUCCAACACCUUGGUCUUUAGCGACAGCCACGGCUUCAACUCUACUGUCACUCAACCAAACUACAUCUGUGGAACUGCAGCAGAGGGAUAUAAAGAAGUUAACAAGCCCAGAAAUCACAAAGAACCAGAAAAUUCAGAUAUGUCCGAAGAUGAGGCUGCAAACCGGAGAUUGGGAAAGUUGUACCAAGAGCUAGAUACAGGAAAGGAAGAGGAUGCUGCUGCUCCAUCAUUUCUUCCAGAUUUUUCAAAAAUGAAUGAAGUUAAGAGUGAAUCAGUGGAAGUUCCCGAAGCCUCGCCAAAACAAGCAGCUGAUGAACAGAAUAAAACUUCAGACCCCCCUGCUGGAGGAGAACAGGGUGGGAGUCCAUCUAUUCCUAUUGGUGAAUGCACUGAACAUCAGCCUGUGGAAGCAAGAGUGGAGGAAGGUCCAGCUCCCCCUGCUGGGGAAACAAGAGGACAUGAAGCUCCUCCUGAUGUUAAAGAGGAAAAAGAAAAACCUUUUGACAAUCUGCAUGAGGAGAAUCCAGCUACAACAGCUGGAAGUCCAGAGAAAUCAGAGCCUCUUGAGGUUCCUCAGGUCGAUGAGACUGAAUCAUGUGGAGGGGAAACGGCUCCAUCGGAGAAGAUGCCCAUCCCCUCAGUAGUGAUUGAACCUGCCUCCAGUAAUGAAGGAGAUGAUGACCGGGAUGCUGACAUCAUCUCGCCUACCAUGGUCAGUGACAACGGUGUGACCGCUCAAAGCCACAUCCUCAAACACAUGAGUCCGUCAGGCGGAGGGUCAGGAUUUCCUGAUGACUUCCUUUACAAGGUUGAGACUAUGCAUGAUUUUGAGGCUGCAAACUCAGAUGAGCUUGAACUGAAAAGAGGAGAUGUGGUUCUGGUGGUUCCUACUGUUUCAGUGGAAGAUCAAGAAGCUGGCUGGCUGACAGGGAUAAAAGAAUCUGACUGGUUAAAUCUUGGAGUUGGAGCAAAAAGCGGACUUUUUCCAGAAAACUUUACUCAGCGCUUGGAGUAACAACCUUAUUCAGGAAAUAAAAAUUUAUCUCAUGAAAUAUGUAUGCAAGCUGCAAAAUCAGCACGUAGCUGAGCCUGCUCAGUUUCUGGAAAGUUAAACUGCAGCACUGUUUUUUGUUGGACAGCUACAAAAACAGACAUGACAACAACCUGUUUUCCCCACACCACUUUUUCAGCAUGAUGUGACUGUAGUACCCUCACUGAAUUAAAUGUUCCUUUCUCUUUAUCAAAAUAAUUUUAUUGAAAAUAAGCUCCUUAAAUGGAGUUAUAUAAAUUCUAACUUGUUACAAUUUUAAACUAUGUCUAAGGCAAACCAAAAUAAGAAAAAGAGAUGAGCUGUAGUUCCCUUGCAGCAUGUGUGUUGUAAUGAACAUUAAAAUGGUAGAACCCUUUGUGCAGUGAUGUAUUUAAGUGCUUUUGUGUGUAAUAUCAAAAUAAUGACCAUUUACCAUUGUCAUAGUUGUUGUGGAUCUUUAAUCACUGUCACCGUUUAGUACAUGUUGAUGGAUGUUUGGUUUAUGUGUGAUUAAAUAUCUAAAAUUGCGACAUAAAUUAUCUGAGGUUCUAUGAGAAUUAUUUCACUUCAAAGCAUGGAAAUUAGGUUAUUACUGUAAGAAUUACAAUCUAAACAAAACUUUGAGCCAGCAAAAACAUCUUGUGUUGAAGUGGAAAGAAGGAAAUAUCUACAAUUUGAUAUGCAAUGUUUGUAGUUCAUAAUGGCACAUAAAUACUGUAAUGUAGAUUCCUUAUAAAAAUUACAUGCUCAUUGUAUAUGUGUGUCUUGGACAAAACUAAUGUGUAAAAAUCAAAUAAACCAGAGUUUAUAAGUCAGAGUACUGAAUGAUGUGUUGCAAAUCUUUCUCCCAGAUACAGGACUCCUUUGAAAACAUAGACUGGGAUAUGUUCGAAGAGAAAGCUGACUUAGAAAGUUACACAUCAUCUGUCCUAUAUUCACUUCUGCACUAAUGUGUUCUGUGGUGCAAAUUUUGAUGUAUGCAUCUGAUCAUAUCUUGUCUAGGGGCAGCUGCAUUUUUCCUGUGUGAAAGAACUCAGAGUGAUUUACUAUUGUGUUCUGUUCACCCAGGGACUGGGUUGUACCAACUGUAUGCAACUCCUAUCUCCUGUAAGAAGAAUGUUGCUCAGAUUAAACAUACUCACUAAAAUUGCUCCUUGAUAA